CCGGCGGGCCAAUCAGCGGCGCCCACGACCCUCCCCGCCGGAGCCGGAGCCGCGAGGCCGGGGCUCCGCCGCCAGUGUCGCGGCGGGCGUGGGGCGGCCAUGGUGUGCGCCGCCGCCUCGGCCGGGCGGCUGGGCCCCGCGCUGCCCUUCCUCAUCGUGCUCCUCGACCUGCAGUACCACGGAGCUGAAUGUGGAAUAAAUGCUGAAGUAGAAAAACAACUUGAAAUGGGAAAGAAGUUAUUGGCUGCUGGACAGCUAGCAGAUGCUUUGUCUCACUUCCAUGCGGCUAUAGAGGGAGACUCUGAUAACUACAUUGCUUAUUACAGAAGAGCCACAGUGUAUUUAGCCAUGGGGAAAUCUAAAGCAGCGAUUCGCGAUUUAAGUAAAGUGGUGGAAUUAAAGCAGGACUUCACAUCCGCAAGAUUACAGCGAGGGCACUUACUGCUCAAGCAAGGAAAAUUUGAUGAAGCGGAGGAUGACUUUAAAAACGUGCUCAAAUCCAAUCCCAGCAAUAAUGAGGAGAAAGAAGCCCAGACUCAGCUGACAAAAUCUGAUGAGCUACAGCGCCUGCAUUCACAAGCAUUAUCUGCCUACCAGCAAGAGGAUUAUGAAGCCGCGAUCUCUCUUCUUGAUGAAAUCUUGGCAGUUUGUGUUUGGGAUGCAGAGCUACGGGAACUUCGAGCUGAGUGUUAUAUAAAGGAAGGGGAGCCAAGCAAAGCCAUUAGUGACUUGAAAGCUGCUGCCAAAUUAAAGAACGAUAACACUGAAGCCUUCUAUAAAAUAAGCAGGAUAUAUUAUCAGCUUGGGGACCAUGAAUUAUCACUCAGUGAAGUCCGGGAGUGCCUAAAACUUGACCAAGACCAUAAGCAAUGUUUCUCUCUCUAUAAACAAGUAAAGAAACUCAAUAAGCAGAUUGAGUCAGCAGAAGAAUUCAUCAGAGAAGGCAGGUAUGAAGAUGCUAUCAAUAAAUAUGACUCUGUUAUGAAAACUGAGCCAGAUGUCCCAAUUUAUGCUACGCGUGCCAAAGAAAGGAUCUGUCACUGUUUGUCAAAGAAUCAGCAGGCUACAGAAGCCAUAAAAGUUUGUACAGAAGUUCUGCAACUGGAACCAACCAAUGUGAAUGCCCUGAAAGACAGAGCAGAAGCUUAUUUGCUGGAAGACCUGUACGAAGAAGCUAUUAAAGACUACGAAACUGCUCAAGCCAAUAGUGAAAAUGACCAGCAGAUUCGGGAGGGGCUCGAACGAGCCCAGCGGAUGUUGAAGCAAUCACAGAAGAGAGAUUACUAUAAAAUUUUAGGAGUAAAAAGAAACGCCAGAAAGCAAGAAAUCAUAAAAGCAUACAGAAAGCUGGCGUCCCAGUGGCACCCCGACAACUUCCAGAGUGAGGAAGAAAAGAAGAAAGCAGAGAAAAAAUUCAUUGAUAUAGCAGCUGCUAAGGAAGUUCUUACUGACCCGGAAAUGAGGCGGAAAUUUGACGCAGGAGAGGACCCACUGGAUGCAGAGAGUCAGCAGGGUGGGGGCAACCCUUUCCACAGGAACUGGAACACGUGGCAAGGAUUCAACCCCUUUGGUUCUGGAGGAGGACCAUUUACAUUCAAAUUUCACUUCAGUUAGAGCCAAGACUGUUUUCGGGUGGCUGCUGCUGUUUUUUACUUAAUUCGUUCAA